CUUGUUUUGUGUGAAAUAAAAGGCCCCAACGUGCAUACAUUUCAUAAAAACCAAUAAGAAAGAAAAACAAAAACAAAAAUAGUUAGCAAGCAGCCAAACAAGAACAGCAGCAAAUCUGUUGUGCUGUGACAGCCAUUAAAAUUCUUUCCUUUAACCAUAUUCUCUGACAUAGUUGAAUUUACCUGUGAAAGUGAAAACGCAAACGAACGAGGCAAGCAAAACAAAACGCGUGUGUGCAAGCAGCAGCAGCAGCAGCAAAAUAUAAAAAAGGAAUCUGAAAAAAAACAGACGUCUAACAGAGUGUGUAAGUGAGAGCAAGAGAGAGAGAGAACGAAAGGGCAGCUUAAGAACCCAAAACAUAACGAAAACAAUUAUCGACAACUGCAGCACAGCAGCAGCAGGCAAGAAAGCGAGAGAAGCAGACGACGAAAAGAAACGAGAAUAACAAACAACAAGCAACAUACAAAAUUAAGCAGAGACUUCGAAGCGCCACUCAUUUUGAUGUUUACCAACACUAUGCAAUCGCAGUAUUGGUAUUAAAUUGUUUACUAUAAUGAAUUCCGCGCGGCAUCAUCGUAUUGGAGUGUUUCUGUCUCCAUAAAUGCGCGUAGCUAAACCACAAAUAUAACAAUACAAUAAUAACAACGGCAAUAAAUCGCAAUUCAUUACAAAUUGAAGUUGAUCUAGUCACAAUUAUAAAUACCGCAAAUUACGUUAGAGAUUGCAUACAAAUUAAAAGCCAAGUCUUGCAAACUAACUACACACACCACAACACACACAGAAUCACACACACACACCUAUUAACUAAGGAGGCAAACAAAAAACGGACUCUCAGAAAGGGGAAUAAACAGGCUUUUAAAAUGCCCUAUCAUCGUGCGGAUACAUCGGCUCAGGCCGACAAACUGAGCGGCAUUGUGGAGGAGAGUGAUUUGUACGAGGGAUUUGCGCCACAUGUGGAAACAUCCGAAAUCAAAACACUCGAUUUUUACAAUCUACCAAAGCAAACUGGUAAAGAGCCGGCGCUGCGCUCAUUCACCGAAAUACAGCAGCUUCUGCAGCAGUCUAAGAAGCGCGAUGUUAAGAAUAUACUCAGAGAGAACUCGUGGCCAAUUAACUCGCCGAUACGCUCACAAUUGUGGCCAGCACUGUGCGCCCAGCAUUUGACCAAGCAAAAUAUCCUGGAUGGCUUCUACUGGGAGAUGGUGCAUCAGGUCUUUGGCACCACGGAACUGUCGGAGAAGCCCAUCAUGCUGCCCGCAUUUGUGGAUGCCACACACUGUUUGCCGUAUCAUUUGACUAGCACGGGACGCGCCGUUGCCGAUCGCAUUGUGAAUGUGCUCGGCUAUGAUUGCCCCGACAUUACCUACAGUCCAGUAUUGUAUCCAAUUGCAGCGUUACUUUUGCAUUUCAUGUCGGAGGAGGAAGCCUAUGUGUGCCUGGCCGGACUUGUGGGCAGCAAGGAGAAGACAUUCAUCAAUCAAACCAAACUGCAGAAUGAGGUCACCUGGAAGACAGUCAUGCAGAUAGCCAAAAAGCACACAAAAAGUGCCAUUGCGUAUUUCCAACGCAUCUGUCCGGGGCAGAAGCUGGAGCGCGUCUUUAUGGACUGGUGCUGGUGGAUAUUAGCUGGUCUACCCUUUCAGCAUUUGGUGCGAAUUAUGGAUUGCUAUUUUCAUGAGGGCAUCAAGGUGCUAUACCGCGUCGCCCUGGUCAUACUCAAUCUCUUCCACAAGGAAUGCCAGUCAAACAACGAAUGGAGUCCGGAUAAUAUUAAAAACGACAUUGGCAAUGCGCUUAUCAAGUUCUGCAAAAAGAUACCAGUAUCGCCGGCGAAGCUGCUCCAUGCCGCUUUUAGUAUUAGGGGACUCAGUACCCAGUAUAUUUCUAGAAUAUUUAUCAAGACUGAAAUGCUACUAAAAAGCCGAUCCGUGCUUAAUAGCGGUUCGAAGCAAUUAAUCAAAUCGCGUUCAAGUGAUAAUCUGCCCACUAGUCAGUCGCAGGUCAACAUCCAGAUGAUGUCGCACACAUUGACCAUCCGUGAGAAGCUGCACUCCGAGAGCUGUCGCAAUUUGGGCGAAAAGUCGCCCGGUCAUAGAGCCAUCGCCAUGGGCGUCUAUCCCAUACACAAUCUCAAAAGUCAAGUCUGUAAGAACGAAGAUCUGUUCACGCUUUGGUCCUGGCUGCCCGUACGUAUCACCAUGUACCAACCGGUUCUGCUGUACACCACCGAGGAGCAUGGCUGCUCCCUGACGACCUUCUAUGUGCGUGUUGAACAGCACGAGCCCACGCUUCUAAUGAUCAAAACUUGCAACAAUGAGGUAUUUGGGGCCUAUUGCUCGUCGCGCUGGUUUGAGCGCAAUGUCAAGGAUGAUAAAGGGCAGAGACAGGCCUAUUUUGGCACCGGCGAAACCUUUUUGUUCUCCCUGUAUCCCGAACGGGCCAAGUAUCCUUGGGUGGGCAUCGAGGGUGAUCGCGGUCUGGGCCACAGCUCAGAACUCUUCAUGGCAGCUGAUUCCAAAAUGAUAACAAUUGGCGGCGGUGAGGGCCAAGCCAUUUGGAUGGAUGAGAAUAUACGAUUUGGCAAGACGGACGGUUGCAAGACUUUCAACAAUCCGCCGUUGUGUCCGUCAGGUGACUUUGAGAUACGUGUACUAGAAGUCUACGGCUUUGUGGGCAUCUAAGGCCAUAUAAGCCCACAAAAGGGCCGACACUCAAAACGAAACCAAAUUGCCCGCCGAUGUUCAAGUGCUCAGCAAAACCCGCACCUAUGCUCCUCUCAGAGUCACGCAUCCACAAUAAAAUACACACACAAACACAUAAACACACACAUUUAACCUAAAUCAAAUAUGCAAAAGCAGAAUGCGGAACGCUUGUGUUUCCGCUAAUACCGGAAACACAAGGCAGGCAGGCAGGCAAAGAUGUUAAUGAAAGAAGAAUUGUGUAAACAUUUAUAAAAGCUUAUUUAUAAAUACGUAUCUUGAAAAGGCAGCCAUCGUUGUCGUCAUUGUCGUUUUAAUGUUAAAUGUUUAAAUACCAUGCGAAAAACAAAUUAUAUAUUAUAUAAUGGAAAUACUCUGUGAGUUAAUGUUUCAAAAUGAAAAAGCUUUGAAAUUAUAUAG